AUGAUUCUGAGAGAGAAACGGUCCCUCGUAGUGGGAUAUGCACUGUAUCCACCUGCCGAGCCGGCCAUUAUUUGGAACGCUAAAGUCUACCAGAUCCUAGGAGAACCUUGUGGCGAUGACAUCCGUCUACAGCGACCUGACCUAAUCUACGUCGAUGAUCGGCCUAUUGAGUUUUCUAUUGGCCUUCCUCCCACGAAAGCAUCAGCUGAGACAGAUGAGGAUGUUCCACAACCCGAGGCGUGGACGGGACCCGUCAUAACCAUCGAAACCUUUGUCGAGGCAGAAAUUGAUCAGUAUAAUCUAUUGAGACUCAAGAGGCUCCCGGAAAGAGUGACUUCAUCUUGUCUUGAUCUACUGAAUCCAAAGCAUGUCUCCCGGCGACAUCUGGUGGUAGAAUCUCCGUUCCUUGUUCAAGGCCUUAGUGAUCUCGUUCAAUAUUAUCCGUCCUUCCCUCAGAUGUUGUUGGAUGACUCAAAAAGUGGAGAGAUGAGGAUUGAGGAGCCUUUUGCCGUCCUAUUCCAUCAUUUUGAUGCCAUCGCAGCUAUAGCUAAUGGAAGUACCAGGACAACGGACUAUAAAACCGAGGGUAAAGGUAUUGGUCAGCAGAAUCACUCAACGGUACUCCAUGCAAAGCAUUUGAUGGAGUUCCUCGAGCCAAUUUACACUGAGUCCAUCUUGACCUGUCAAAAGCACCUUUCCAACUCCGUCCCGCAGGUUGAGUUGGGCAUGAUCUGGUAUCUUCUCAAACCUGGGAUAGAUGUGUAUGUACAAAUUGAAGGAUCAACUCAUGCUGCAGUUGUGCGGAGCGUCAGGCGGACAGAUGUCUCUGUGUCUAAGCUUUGGGGGGCUGGGAGUGACGGGUCGUGGCUGGUCGACCUCUGGCGGCUUGAGAGUGAUGGUUCCAGACUCGGAAAGGGCUCUUUCUCCGUAACUAUACCCCCUUACUCUGGAUUCCGAGAUGUCACUAGACUUCAAGUGUAUCCAGUCUCAAUUUGGGAUGUACAUGAUGGUGGCGAGCGACGUGGGAGAAUUUUACGUCGGGCUGCAAUCUUCUUCAAGGCCCUUCAACGUGGCAAUCUCCUAGUGGACUACAAGGGCCCGAUUCGAGAAACCGCCCAAUAUUACACAGGAAAGGUAGUUAUCGACCAUCGAAGAGGGCAAGAAUCCAACAUGUCCCCACCCCUUUCCCUCCCGGUCAAUGAGUAUUCAGAUCGGUUCAGGGAGUAUGAUGGAAUUCUCAUCAACAACGAUAGGUCUUUCUACACCACACAAGGUACUCAGAAUCGUCCCGCAAAUCAAAAGUCUAGGCCCGCCAACAGCAACGACGCCGUGGUGAACCAGGAGCGAUUGCAGGUAUGGCUCGACGAUGUACCCGAGCAUCUUUCCCCGAAGGCUUUUCACGCAGAGGCUGGUGAUUCUGUUGUUCAACAGCUCACCGAGCAUCAACUCCUUCUGCUAUGUCCAGACGUUCUGGCAUAUGGACUAAGACGCAAGCAUUGGAUGCGGAUCUCUCUCGAUUACGUUCAAGAGUCCUUGCCAUCGGAUGAGAUCGAGACGCUCGUGGAAGGCGAGCUUAUGAAGUGGUUUGAUCUUGCGGAAGCCUGGAACGCAGUUCUUCUUGUCGAUGAAGCCGUUAUCUUCCUCGAGCGAAGGCAGAAUCGAGACCUCGCUCGAAACGGGCUGGUAUUAGCCUUCCUUCGACGGAUGGAAUACUUUAAGAGCCUACUGUUUCUGACUACCAACCGCGUUGGACAAAUCGACGAUGCCUUCAUUUCACGAGUCCACGUCGCUAUCGGAUACCAGGCCCUCGACGAGGAGACUAGGCGAAAGGUCUGGGGCGGAUUUUUCCGCAAGCUGGUGCGCGAAUGCGCUGGCAAGGUACAGAUCUCACCAGUCGCGAAGAAAUGGGUUCUUGACACCGCCGGCGAGACGAACCUCAACGGGAGAGACAUUCGUAAUGCAUUGCAGACAGCCAUCACGCUGGCAGAGUUUGAAAGCGAAGAGGAUCCGGACUAUGAUGCUGCAUUGGUGACAGUUGUCACUAAAGCCCAUUUCCAGAAGGUUUUGGAAAUGUGUAAUCGCUUCCGCAGUUAUGUCACAAGUAUACGUAGGGAAGACGAGAUGAAACGUGCCCAAGGGCGUGGAGAUCGGAAUGAUUAUGGCAACGGGUUUGAUAGCAGGAUGUGCUGA